CAAUAUAUGUAUCCUAUCUAUUUAACGGGCCAUUGCUGCAAAAACCCUAACUCUCAUAGAGUGAGCGUCGCCGUCGUGGUUACCCUUUGCUCCGAUGGGUGCCUACAAGUAUGUAUCAGAGCUGUGGCGCAAGAAACAGUCUGAUGUAAUGAAGUUCUUGCAGAGGGUGAGGUGCUGGGAGUAUCGGCAGCAACCUUCCAUAGUCCGUGUGACAAGGCCUACUCGUCCUGACAAGGCUCGUCGCUUGGGCUACAAAGCUAAGCAGGGUUAUGUGGUUUACCGUGUUCGUGUUCGGAGGGGUGGCCGGAAGAGACCAGUUCCCAAAGGUAUUGUAUAUGGUAAGCCCACAAAUCAAGGUGUCACCCAACUGAAAUUUCAGAGGAGCAAGAGAUCAGUCGCUGAGGAGCGAGCUGGACGGAAGCUGGGUGGACUUAGGGUCCUCAAUUCUUACUGGGUGAAUGAGGACUCGACUUAUAAAUACUACGAGAUAAUCCUGGUGGAUGUGGCUCACAAUGCUAUCAGAAAUGACCCAAGGAUCAACUGGCUCUGCAAUCCUGUCCACAAACACAGGGAGCUGCGUGGCCUCACCUCUGCUGGUAAGAAAUACAGAGGCCUCCGUGGCAGAGGACAUCUCUACCACAAAGCUCGCCCCUCCCGCAGGGCUACCUGGAAGAGAAACAACACUCUUUCUCUUCGUCGCUACCGCUGAUCUUACUGAAGUUAGUUUGCAGCUUCAUUUUUAUGAAUGUACUGUUGAGGAUAUGAUAAUUAUCUAUGAAUUGAAAUUUUGUUGCAUGAAUCGUUCGGUAUACGAUCAAAGUUUCAUUCGGAUUAAUUCCAUCAA